CGUUCCAAUUUGUUACAAGCACUUUUCAAUAGAACACGUGGCCUUGAUGCCACUUCAUAAAUUCAGUCGAUGAUGUAAUCAGCUGCAGUCUGUUGUGAGCUAUUUAAACAUGUUCAUACGGAUAUUGUUUCUAUUUUGCCUUCUUUUAUGUGCUUCCGAAAGUUACAAAAUUUUAGCAAUCUUUCCUACACCAUCCCACAGUCACCACACCUUAGCCUCCAAACUUGUAAAAGAAUUGGCGAAAAGGAAACAUGAAGUGACUUUUGUUAGUCCAUUCCCUCAAAAGGAAACCGUGGAAAAUUUGAAGGAAAUUAGUGUAGAGGAAAUAAUACCAAUAUUUAACCAACAAAAGAAGCAUUUAUUUAAACUCAACGAGCUGACAAUUUUCGAGAAUGUGAUCUUUGUGAACAACAUUGGGCUUCUUGUAACGGAAGAGUUACUCCGAAAUGAGAAGAUACAAAAAUUGUUAGAGUCAAACGAACAUUUCGAUCUAAUAAUUCUGCCCCAGUUUAUAAAUGAGGGCUUGUUGGCCAUCGGCCACCACUUCAAAGCACCGGUGGUACUUCUGUCAUCCAUGCCCCUUUUCUCAUGGAGCAGUUUUCUCCUCGGACACCCAACUUCCUCAUCUUAUGUUCCAAACAUCCAGACACAUUACACAGGGCAUAUGAACUUUUGGCAACGACUUUGCAACAGCAUUUACGACGCUUAUUCCAUCCUUUACCACCAAUGGGUCGUACUACCAAAGCACAGACGGCUGGUAAAGAAAUACGUACCAGGACAGCCCGACUUGUACGAUUUCCUCAACAAUGCCAGUUUAGUGCUAGUCAACUCGCACGUCAGUUCGUAUGAUGCCACAAUUCAAGUACCAAAUGUUGUGGAAAUUGGUGGUUUUCACCUCGAAGAGGCGAAAAAACUACCGGAGGAUCUCCAAAAAUAUUUGGAUGGUUCCAAGGAGGGAGUUGUGAUAUUUUCAAUGGGGACACUAUUGAAAAGUUCGAGCAUGCCAAAGGAGAAAUUGCAAGCACUGGUCCAGGCAUUUUCCAAACUGAAACAACAAGUUUUGUGGAAAUGGGACAGUGAAGAAAUGGAAGGAAAGCCGAGAAAUGUCAAAUUGGUCAAGUGGUUGCCACAGUCCGAUGUUUUAGCCCAUCCUAACGUAAAAGUGUUUAUCACCCAUGGUGGCCUUUUAAGUACCAUGGAAAGCAUAUACCACGGGGUACCAACAUUAGGAAUUCCGGUUUUUACCGACCAGAAAGCAAAUAUUGAAUUUGCAGUGGAGGCAGGGUCUGGCAUUGCCGUUCCCUAUCCAGAAUUAUCGGAAGAAAAAUUAUCUCAGGCCCUGGAUCAAAUUAUAAAUAAUCCAAGCUACAAGACAAACGCCUUGAAGCGGUCGAAAAUAAUGAAGGAUCGACCCAUACACCCAUUGGAUUAUGCCAUUUACUGGAUAGAGUAUGUCGCCCGACAUGAAGGGGCACCACAUCUUAGGUACCCUGGAAUGGGCUUGGCUUGGUACCAACGCUAUUUAAUCGAUGUCGCAUUUUUCGUGGGGUUAGCACUAGGAUCAGUUUUUAUUAUUACCAAACAAUUGUUAAAAUUGUUCAUGGGGACGCAAAAUAAACAAAAAAAGAAGACGAAAAAGAAUUGAAAUUUGUUUGUUAAUAAAGAUAAUUUUAUCCUUGA